AUGGUGCCGGCGACGCGGGCGGGGACGGUGACGCGCGCGACGACGAAGGGCGAUGGGCGCGCGUGGACGGGGCGCGGAUGCGCGCGCGCGCGUCGAUCGGGCGCGACGGUGACGCGCGCGACCGCGAACGGGACGAGCGAUCCGAUCUUGUUGCGAGCGGCGAGAGGGGAGGACGUCGAGCGCUCGCCGGUGUGGCUGAUGCGCCAGGCUGGGCGGUACAUGGCGGAGUUUCGCGCGUACAGCACGAAGUACGGGUUUCGACAUCGCUCGGAGACGCCGGAGAUCGCGAUCGAGCUGUCGAUGCAACCGUGGCGGGCGUAUAAGCCCGACGGGGUGAUUAUGUUUAGCGAUAUUCUCACCCCGCUGCCCGCGCUCGGGAUCGAGUUCGACGUCGUCAAGGGGAAGGGGCCGGUCGUGCACCAGGUGAAGUCCAUGGAUGACGUGCGAGCGAUGAAGACUCUGGACGACCCGGAGAAGUCUCUGCCUUUCGUUCGAGAGAUUUUGAGCUCGCUCCGAAAGGAAAUUGACGGACAGUCCACGAUGCUCGGUUUCAUCGGCUCGCCUUGGACGCUCGCGGCGUAUGCCAUGGAGGGAUCGAGCGACAGGCACCUCGUCACGACGAAGCAAAUCAUGACGCAAAAUCCAGAGUUGCUGCACGCCUUCUUGGACAAGUUGGCGGACGCACUUGGCGUGUACGUGUGCUACCAGAUCGAGAGUGGUGCGCAAGUGGUGCAGAUAUUCGACUCCUGGGCGCACCACCUCUCGCCGCAGCAAUUCCUCGAGUUUUCUCAUCCGUACAACGAGCGCAUCAUCGCGUACGUGAAGGAACGUCAUCCGGAAACGCCGCUCAUCUUCCACGCCAACGGUGGAUGUGGGAAGCUCAAUGAGCUCAAAAAGUCGACGGCGGACGUCAUUGGGUUGGAUUGGAACACGAGUAUGGUAGACGCGCGGGCUGUUCUCGGACCGGAUCGCGUGUUGCAAGGUAACAUGGAUCCCAUGUACCUCUUCGCGAGCCCAGAGCGAAUUAAGCAAGAGGUGGCAAACUGCGUGAGAGAUGCGGGCAGCAGUAAGCACAUCUUGAAUGUCGGCCAUGGUGUGGUACAAGGUACGCCGGAGGAGAGCGUUGGUCACUUCUGCGACGCGGCGCGCGCGUCCGUGCAUAAGAACGCAACACUCGCGAGAUAA